AUGCUCAUGUUGGAAGAGUUUCCUCAAACUGCAGCUGGUGGACCUCUAUUAAGGUUUGCUCUGACGUUAUUUGAGAAGAGAGAAAAUCGAGAGUGGUUUCUGGGAAUAGGGAGGAAGAAUUGGCAGAUGGAGUGGUUACAAGCCAAGUAUGAUGACGCAACUGAUCUGGUAAUGGCAAAUGAUGAUAAUUGGGAUGAUGAUGAGUUCAUUACAGAUGCAUGCAUUUUAGGUGCUGUGGUAGCCAUUAGUGAACUGACAUAUGCCGCGCCACGUCAAAAGUGUUGGACUUCUCAAUUGUCUGGUCAUAAAUGGAUAACAGAUUUACUUCGAGGUAAUCGAAUCAAAUCGUUAUCUAUAUUGAGGAUGGAAAAAUGUGUCUUUCUUGAUUUGUGCAAUGAAUUGUCAACAAAGUAUGGAUUAGUGGCAUCACGUAACGUUGGAUUGAGAGAGAUGGUUGCCAUGUUCAUAUAUAUCAUAGCACAAGGGGUUAGUACUAGGGCAGUGCAGGAUCGCUUUCAACAUUCUGGUGAGACAAUUCAUCGUCAAUUUCACAAAGAUUGCAUUGGGGCAAUUGAUGGUACACACAUAGCUACAGUGGUGCCUCCUGAAGAACGUAUUCCAUAUAUUGGGAGGAAAGGAGUGACGACCCAGAAUGUUAUGGCGGUAUGUGAUUUUGACAUGCUAUUCACGUUUGUGUGUGGUGGAUGGGAAGGGUCGGCGCAUGAUUCACGAAUAUUCAAUAAAGUUUUAUCAGAUGUACAUAGCAAUUUCCCUCACCCUCCCACAGGGAAGUACUACUUAGUUGAUGCCGGAUAUCCAAAUCAAAGGGGAUACCUUGCGCCAUAUAAAGGGCAGAGAUACCACCUAGAGGUCUUUCGCAAUGGCCCACAAGCAUCAGGCCCCCGAGAAGCAUUCAACCAUGCGCAUUCUUCCCUACGAAGUGUGAUUGAGCGUACAUUUGGUGUAUUAAAGAAGAAAUGGUUGAUCCUAACUCGGAUGCCGUCAUAUAAAUUUGACACUCAGAUAAAGAUUGUUGUUGCAUGCAUGGCAUUGCACAACUUUAUUCGAAUGAACGUAAUUGAAGAUGAAGAUUUCCUCGCAUAUGGUAAUGAAUCGGUGUUCAUUGCAAAUGACGACGACUUUGGUACUCCGAUGGAAAAUGGGGAUCCUUUACAGUUAAAUGAAGAUUUAGAGAUGACCACUUUACGCGAUAUGAUUGCAGCCGAGUUAUAUGAUUUGUAG